AUGGAUAUAAGGGAUGGCUGUACCGUGCGUUUCUGGACAGAUCUAUGGCACCCUCGGGGAAGACUAAUUGAGGUCACAGGUGACAUUGGAACACAAAAACUUGGCGUUCGGCGUAAUGCGAGGAUUUGUGAUGUCUUUGUAGAUGGAGACUGGAGAUUCCGAAAUUGUCGCGAUCAGCGCAUUCAAGAGUUAGCUCGAGAUAUCAAAGAUUUCCCUCUCAGUCUAGUUGGUACUGAAGCAGAUGGUCUAUCUUGGAAAUGUGGGGAGAAUUCUUAUAUUGAGAGAUUUGUAGCAGCUGAAACAUGGCACUUGAUUCGGGAGCACAAGACGGAGGUACAAUGGCACAAGUUAUUUUGGUUUUCUGAAGGAGUUCCACGGUAUAGUUUCAUUACGUGGCUUGCUGUGAGAGACAGACUUGCAACAGGCCAUAUAACCAGUCAAUGGGGACAACCGCAGGUUUGUAUAUUCUGUGGUGAGCCAGAUGAGACACGUGACCACUUAUUCUUUGCGUGCCCGUUUACUUUCACUUUGUGGAUCAGAGUAGUGGGGAACCUUCUUGGCAUUGAUCCGGACCCAGACUGGGAGGAAACUAUCUCGUGCUUGAUGACGCGAAGCUAUGAUAAACUUACUUUUAUUCUGUUGAGGCUGGUGUUACAGGUCACAAUAUAUUUUGUUUGGAGAGAGCGUAAUGACCGGCGGCACACGGGUAGGGUGAAGUCAGUGGAUCAGGUUGCUGAGUGA